CCCCUAUAUAAGCGUCGCGCGGGCGGUGCCUCGGCCCGCAUUUUCAGCAGCUCCAGCCCGGGAAACGUGCUUUGACACCUCUUCACCAUCAUGUCUUCUGAAGAAGGGAAGCUGUUUGUUGGGGGGCUGAACUUUGACACAGAUGAGCAAGGUCUGGAGCAGCAUUUCAGCUCUUUUGGUCCUAUUUCUGAAGUUGUAGUGAUCAAGGACAAAGAAACCCAGAGAUCAAGAGGGUUUGGUUUUAUCACCUUUGCCAAUCCUGAGCAUGCGUCAGAUGCCAUGAGAGCCAUGAAUGGAGAGUCUGUAGAUGGGCGCCAGAUCAGAGUUGACCACGCAGGGAAAUCUUCACGGGGAUCCAGAGGUGGCUAUUUUGGUGGAAGGGGGCGAGGCCGUGGCUAUUCCAGAGGUGGUGGCGACAGAAGCUAUGGUGGUCGCUAUGACAACAGAAGUGGUGGUUAUGGUGGUUCCCGGGAUUAUGGCAGAAGUCAGGGAGGCUAUAGCGACCGCUACUCUUCAGGAGGCUCUUAUAGAGACAACUACGACUGAGCUCACACCGAGUAAAAAUCCUUCCUGAAUCAAGAUCGUCCUUCCAAUGGCCGUAUUUAUAAAGAUUUUUGGAGCUUCGCUGAAUCUUUAGUUACCUACUUGUAUCUUCCCCUAUAUAGCUUUUUUGUCACAUGCAGCCCGAAAGCUUUCCUCUACAAGAUGGCCUGUUUAGAGUUUGCUCAAGAGUUUCUUUUUUUCAAGAGUGGUUUUAAAGCAUUUUUGAAAUCUGGUUUUAUUUGUCUUUGCCCGAAGUUUUCUUUUAACUUGACUUAAAUGGGGCCCUAAAACUUAAGGUUACGGUAAACUGGAAGCUGAGCAAAAUUUACUUUUGAAAAAGUGCCAUGCACUUUUUGGAGUUCAAGCCACUUUGGUAUCACUGAAAGGAUUAAAUGGUUCACAUUUAUCAUAAUAUAAUAAAGUCUGUUUUACUGUAUAGUAAACAUAGGACUCUGACGCUUUGAGAGGUUCUUGAAAAUGUUUGUUUAUAUUGUCCUUUUUUUACUGGAAGACAACGUGCAUAAUUCCAUUGACAUUGUAUUUGAAGUGGAUAAGGAAGUUCCUGUACUGAGUUUUUGGCUUUACGAAGCCCAUUAAAAUCCCAUCUGAAACAA